AUGUCUACAUAUCCAAUACUAACACAGGAGCAAUUCAAAGAUGCAAUCAAAGAUAUUUCACAGUACGAAUUGGAGGCAAAAAAGGCACAGCAGUUGGCUUUUAUAUUCAAACUCAUAGAUACAAAUAAUGAACUACAUAGAGAACUCAGUACAGAUGGAAAUGAUGAAUCUUUGUCUCCAGAUGAUGUUAAACUAUAUAAAGAAACAAUUGAUGAAAAUAAAGAGAGUUUACUGAAUCAGAUAGAACGUAUACAUUUGAUCAAUAUAGAAUUAGUCAGGCGAGGGAUAUUAAGCGAAUCAAAGGCAAGUGCUGAAGAAAAGAAAUUGCAUGAUGAUGUAAAAAAGCGCACUGAACCAAACGAAUCUGCAAACGAAACAGAGGGAGUCGUUUUAUAA